AUGCCAGUUCAGGUGCCCUACCCAAUUCCAGUUCAGGUGCCCUACCCAAUGCCAGUUCAGGUGCCCUACCCAAUGCCAGUUCAGGUGCCCUACCCAAUGCCAGUUCAGGUGCCCUACCCAAUGCCAGUUCAGGUGCCCUACCCAAUGCCAGUUCAGGUGCCCUACCCAAUGCCAGUUCAGGUGCCCUACCCAAUGCCAGUUCAGGUGCCCUACCCAAUGCCAGUUCAGGUGCCCUACCCAAUGCCAGUUCAGGUGCCCUACCCAAUGCCAGUUCAGGUGCCCUACCCAAUGCCAGUUCAGGUGCCCUACCCAAUGCCAGUUCAGGUGCCCUACCCAAUGCCAGUUCAGGUGCCCUACCCAAUGCUAGUUCAGGUGCCCUACCCAAUGCCAGUUCAGCUUCGCAACUAA